ACGUCUGCGCACUCGCUGCGAACCGCUGGGAGACAUCUGCGCCUGCGCAGUCGUGGCAAGCGAACCGAGACGCACCGAAGGAGUCACAGCUAAAAAAACCCGCAUUAAGACAAGAUGGCAGGACUGCCCCGCAGGAUCAUUAAGGAGACACAGCGCUUGCUAGCUGAACCUGUCCCCGGGAUCAAAGCGGAGCCCGAUGAAGCGAAUGCCCGCUACUUCCACGUGGUCAUCGCCGGCCCCCAGGAUUCACCCUUUGAAGGAGGGACUUUUAAACUUGAACUUUUUCUACCAGAAGAGUAUCCAAUGGCAGCUCCUAAAGUACGGUUCAUGACCAAAAUAUACCACCCCAACGUAGACAAGCUGGGUCGGAUAUGUCUGGACAUCCUCAAAGAUAAAUGGUCGCCCGCCCUGCAGAUCCGCACCGUGCUGCUAUCUAUCCAGGCAUUACUAAGCGCUCCCAACCCCGAUGAUCCACUAGCUAAUGACGUCGCAGAGCAAUGGAAAACCAACGAAGCUCAGGCCAUAGAGACAGCUCGCACGUGGACCAGACUUUACGCAGGAAACAACAUUGAAGUUUAAAGUCAAACGUGAACACGACCGCCUGUGUUCUGCCAAGACCCCCAUCCUCUUUCGUUUGCAUUUAAAGGACACAGUCUUAGAAAAUUAAUGAAACAAAGAAUAUAUUAAAGGAAAAAAAAACAGACUUAAGACCAUUUGGUGAUUUAAAUGCACAUUAGCAGACGUCUUUGUCCCGAUUCGCUGUUCAUAAGCCUGAGUGGGGGCCCAUCUCUCGUGUGACUGUGACGGGGUGACUGUUUGUACCUGUGGCACCCAAACUGGCCGUUGCGGUCCUGCUUCAGUGUGUGUGUGCGUGUGCUUGGGGGGUGACCGGUGGCUCGCAGUCCCUUCUACCUUUUCUUUUAAUGUCACUGUGGUAUUCCUGGUGUAUGAAACACAGCUAACUUGCCACCGUCUACAUGGUGCCCCUGAUUCUGGAGCUGUCUGUACCUGUAGGUGCUGUAGAGAGAUCAAAGCUUGCCUUUUAAUCACUGCAUCCAGUGUUGAAAUGACUAAAAUAUUCACAAUAAUAAUAAUAAUAAUAACAACAAGGCCUUCCCUUCAUCAUGUUGUUUGCUCUCAAUGUAGACUAAUAUAGGCUUGUUAAUUCUGGAUAGCUGUCUGGGAAAAGGCGAAAAAAAUUGUAAAUCUGAUUUUUAGUGAUUUUUAUUUUUUUUUUGUUGUUGUAUUUGGUCUUGGUAUUAUAGUUUCCUUCCUCGCGUUCUGUGGUUCUGGGUGGAGUCCGGCGGCUGUGGUGCCGCCAGACGCCCCCCCCACCCCCCCGGUUUGUGACCGCCGCCUCUUCUCCCCAUUUUCAUGCCACAAAGAUGGUGUCCUGCUGUCAGUCCGGCAUCCGGCAGCCACAAGCUGCCAGUUGUGAUUCACGGUUCCUGGAGGAGAGAGAGAGAGAGAAAAAAGCUCUGUUAAAAAUGAACUGAUUGUAAAUUCAUUCUUUAUAUUAAAAUGGGAACAAAAUGG